AUGCACACUCGGGCACUCUGCUUUUCUGAGGAUGCCAGUAUCCCCCUCUCCUCUACCUUCUACAGUGAAGAGAAAUCAGGACUUGACCACAGUGUUGCCACUCGAUCUUUUUACUCCUACUUCCCUUUGCCUCCUCUCCCGGAUCAAGCGUUAAUCUGUGAAUCUCUGACCGCAAAAGAAAAAAAAAAAAGGUGGGUGGGGGGAUCCCGAAGUAGCAGAGCGAGGGAGGAGGAGGUGGAGAAAGGCGGGGAGGAGGAGGAGCCCAGCGAACCAGAGUCAGAGGGACUGGUGGCUCCGGCGAGUGUGCAGCCCCGGGGGGAGCCGGCGCUCCAGGCUGGGAACCCGUCAGCCCGCCCACCCGCCCGGCGUCUUUGGCGCCCGCCCGCUCGCCGGCCCGCGCCCAGGGGCCUGCUACACCCGGAGCUGGGGCCGCCGCUCAGGGGCGCUCGGGCCAGAGGCGCCGCUCGGGGCGAGCCGGCCGCGCCGCCAGGCUGGUCCCCCGCGCCCGCGCCCGCGCCCGGGAUGCCGUUCUACAGGCGCACAGUGGUGCCCCAGCGCCUGUGCCCGCGCAACCCGCCACAGCCGCUGACCGAGCUCCGCGACGUGAGCCACCUGGCCGCGCUCAGCCUGCUCCGGCAGCUCGCCGACCUCUGCGGCCACUCGCUGGCUCUGCUCGAGGACCUCGAGGGGCACCUGCUGGCCCUGGGGCGCCGCACCGACAGCCUGUGCCGCCGCACCGUGCACCUCCGCCGCCGCCUUCCCUGCCGCCUGCUCGGUCCGGAGGACGACGAGGAAGAGCUAGACCCAGACAGGCUCGGCUUGGAGCUUUACCACAUUGUUGGUUCCCAUGGUAACCACCGCGCGUUCCUGACUCCCGUCCUUCCCUUCCGUCCUGGCACCACCGGCUGUGAGAUAUGCCUGAGGAGCACCGUUGUCGCAGGGGCGGCCUUGUUUUGGUUUCCACCGCAGCCCGCGCACUGGCCCAGACGCUCUGGAACCUCCGUUGGGGUUGGGGAUUUGCACAAUGAACAGCGCACCCAUCCUGGGCCCAGCGGCGGCUCACCUUCAGGCGCCUCUGCUUCUCUUAAAAUCACGUAA